CAAGCGCGACAGUGUUGAAUCAAGUGCGCAUGUGCGGGAGCUUCGCACAUCGAGGGUUACCAUCUAGCCACGAGCUGCAGGGUGUGGAAACGGUGUCGCGUCAUUUCUCUGCUGUCAAAAUGCCUGUGGAUCUAAGUCAGUGGACGGGGCCGCUCGCCUUGCAGGAGGUGGAGGAGAAGCCUGCAAAAGCCCUGACCGUCAAAUAUGACUCUGUUGAGAUCGACGAGCUUGGUAAAGUGCUCACGCCAACGCAGGUGCAGAACAGGCCCACUGCUAUUGAGUGGGACGGGUGUAACGCCGGUAAGCUGUACACCCUGGCCUUGACUGACCCGGACGCUCCCAGCAGGAAAGACCCCAAAUUCAGAGAGUGGCACCACUUCCUGGUGGUCAACAUGAAAGGGAACGAUGUGUCCAGCGGCUGCGUCAUGUCCGACUACGUGGGCUCCGGCCCUCCCAAGGGCACAGGUCUGCACAGGUACGUGUGGCUGGUGUACGAGCAGCCGGGCAGCCUCUCCUGCACCGAGCCCGUCCUCACCAACCGCUCCGGAGACAACCGCGGAAAGUUCAAGAUCCAGAGCUUCCGGCAGAAGUACGGCCUGGGAGCCCCGGUGGCCGGGACUUGCUACCAGGCCGAGUGGGACGACUACGUGCCCAAGCUGUACGAGCAGCUGGCCGGAAAGUAAAAAAAUCGAGACUUUUCUUUAGAGCACUUAAAUCUAGGAAUCCCCAAGGAGGCUGCCGGUCUGCUUGAACUCCCCAUUCAUGCAAGCAUCAAAACCCAGCAAUAACUACGCCUUUUGUUCUGAGCGUGCCACUCAAUAGCCUCUCUUUCCUCCGCUGCCUGCCCAUCUUCUCCAUACUAACUAACUAUAACAAAACAAUUGCCCUCUGUGUCAUCCUGCACAAUAAAUCUGUUUCACCAAGA